GGUGUUUUAUUAUCAGUCAACAAAAGAUAACAUUUGAAACUAUGGCAAUGUUUUAUAUCAUAUUAUUGUCUAUUUAUUCAUCAUUGUAAAUUUUACAUUGUAUUCUUAGAUUCAGAGACCUUUUUGGUUCAUAGAGUUUCUAAGUCUAUCCUUUUAUCAUUGAAUAACAUCAUCAUCAUCAUCAUCAUCAUCAUCAUAUCCAUUACUGGGGUAAUCUGUUUUUUUUUUCUUUCUUUUUUCUAGUCAAUUAAUUAUAUAUUUUCUCUUUCUUACUCCAUCGAUCCAACUCUUGACUGAAUAAAUACAUCAAAAGAAAGGCUUAACUAGUCUAUUAUUAUUACACACACUCUCAUACUUAUCUACUCUUUACGUUUCUCAUUUCCUCUCCUCUCUUUGGAAAAUAAAGAUACUUUGAUUAAAAGGAAAAGGAGGAUGGCAGAUCAAAAUCCAAGAAUCAUCGUCGAGAAGAAACCAUCUCAAGCUCGUCUUGACGAACUAAAGUUCAAGUCAUGGCCCAAGUGGGGAUGUUCACCAGGGAAAUACCAUUUGAUUUAUGAAGCAGAAGAGAUAUGUUACAUUUUGAGGGGUAGAGUUAAGGUUUACCCUAAACCACCACCAUCAUCUUCAUCAUCGUCAUCGUCAUCAUCAGUUGCAGAAGUUGAAUGGUGUGUGGAGUUUGGGGCAGGUGAUAUUGUCACUUUUCCAAAGGGACUUUCGUGUACUUGGGAUGUAUCUCAAUCUGUUGACAAACACUACAUUUUUCUCCACCAUUAAUUCUCCUUCUUAAUUAGUUUUUUUUUGUUUUUUGUUUUUUGUUUUUUUUUUUUUCAUUUUUCUUGUGUGAUUCUUUAUUUUUUUUGUAUUUCUAACAUUUUGAUUCGUAACUGUUGUUGUAUUCGGUGUUCUUUUUGCCGUGUAUUUCUAAUAAGAAAUACUUUACAUAUA